UUGACCUUGCUAUUGUCAAACAGAGGUCACCGAAGGAUCAUAAUCCCGAUUUUUUCAUCAGUUACAGUUUGGUCGGUAGUUGGGUACAUAAAUCGCGUUGCCGUACAUAAAUCGCGUUAAAUUCAGCAUAGGAUUUCUGGCUUUAAAACCAAAUAAGUGUAUUGUUCAGUAAGAAUUAAUAAAAUAAAAUCUAUUAGAAUAAUGGCCGCAAAGUAUCGGAUUGUUAUGGUUCGCCACGGUGAAUCCGAAUGGAACCAAAAGAAUCUGUUCUGUGGUUGGUUUGAUGCCAAUCUCAGCGACAAGGGGAAAGAGGAGGCUUUAGCAGCUGGUAAAGCUGUAAAAGAAGCAGGACUUAAAUUUGACAUUGCGCAUACUUCAUUGCUGACUCGCGCUCAGGUCACCUUGGAUUCAAUACUGACCGAAUCCGGUCAGACCGGAAUUCCAACUCAAAAAACUUGGCGGCUUAACGAACGCCACUAUGGUGGCUUGACUGGUUUGAACAAAUCGGAAACGGCUGCUAAAUAUGGUGAAGAGCAAGUCUUAAUUUGGCGCCGGAGCUACGACGUUCCACCCCCGAACAUGGAACCAGACCAUGCGUACUACAACGCUAUUGUCAAAGAUGACCGUUACAAAGGGGAUCCGAAACCGGACGAAUUUCCCAUGGCUGAAUCAUUAAAGCUCACCAUUGCUCGUACACUGCCCUACUGGAAUGAUGUCAUCAUCCCGCAGUUAAAAGAAGGCAAGAAAAUCAUCAUUGCCGCUCACGGUAAUAGUCUACGUGGUAUUGUCAAACAUUUGGACAACAUGACCGACGAAGCCAUUAUGGGCCUGAACUUGCCGACCGGAAUACCGUUCGUAUAUGAGUUGGACGAAAACUUGAAACCGGUAGUAUCGAUGAAAUUCCUCGGUGAUGAGGAAACUGUCCGUAAGGCCAUCGAAUCAGUCGCCAACCAGGGUAAGGCUAAGUAAAUGAACCAUAGGCUAAGUAAGUGCGUGUGUUAAAAUCCAGUCAUUGCUAGGAUGCUAAAAUUCUCUGUUAUCUGAUACUGAUCCAUAAUUUAUUAAGAACGUCCUAUUAGGACAAUAAAGUCAAAAAGUAAGUGUUUUCAAUACUUAGCUGGACUUGAAGUUAUCACCAAAAAGUAUAGCCAAUAAAGCAACGUAAAGCCAGUGCAACCGUGUUGUGUGUAAG